GUAGACACACAUCUUUGCAGCAUAUCCAUGAGGGACAACAGUUCCAGAGCUAGAUAUGACAUUUCCCAUAUGCUUCUGAAUGUCAGUGUGUGCUGCAGCUUCCCUCAGCCCUGGAGAUGUCUUGCUACGACCUGUGCACCCCCUCUGCCUGCGGCGUCGCCUGCCCCCAGCCUCUUGCCAACAGCUGCAACGAGCCCUGUGUGCGCCAGUGCCCCGACUCCACCACUGCCAUCCAGCCUCCUCCGGUCGUGGUCACCUUCCCUGGCCCCAUCCUCAGCUCCUUCCCUCAGGAUGCUGUGGUGGGAUCCUCUGGAGCUCCCUUCCUGGGGGGCUAUGGGGGCUACGGGGGCUACGGCUCCCUGGGCUACGGGGGUCUGUGGGGCUACGGAGGCCACGGGGGCUACGGGGGCUACGGCUCCCUGGGCUACGGGGGUCUGUGGGGCUACGGGGGCUACGGGGGCUACAGGGGCUAUAGAGGCUAUGGCUCCCUGGGCUAUGGGGGCCUGUGGGGCUAUGGUAGACCCUAUGGCUCUGGCUAUUGGGGCUACAACAGGUGCAACUGGGGCAGCUGCGGGCCCUGCUAGAUCCUCCAGGAAUAGCCCCUGAGUAAGGAAUACCUGGCAACUGAGAGAUACCACCUUGAUCCCCAGCACUGAUCCCAAAGGAGAUGUGAGCCCUGGUCUCUGCUGCCCCACUGCAGGGGAGCUGGGA